GCUUCGUCGCGGGGAGUGGAUCAGUUGUUCAUCGUGUUUUCCCGACGUAUCGUGACAGGACGUGGAGUGCUUAAGGAACAUAGGAUUGUUUCACAAAUUCUCAUCGGAAGAACGUAAAAAGAACGAUCUGCCUGAAUUGGUGGAGAAAGGCAUGAAGAAAGAAAAACAAGGUCCUUGUUACGUGUUAUCUGAAGACAGGUGGACUGAGAAACCGAGGAAAUCUCAAGAUUCAAAGAUAAAAGGAGAAGCUUACAUCAGAUGCAUGGCUGCUUCUUGUGAUGUCAUUGACUUUGACAAAUUUGAGUUACAAAGUUUAACAAAUGUUCAACUCAAACAUGACAUAGGAAGUGAGGUGAUGCCAAUAAGCAGAAGAGAGCAGAGCAACAUGGUCCGUCAGUACAAGUCUUCAGUUAUUGACAGGUUUAAGUUUGUAACAGAGUAUAAUCUUCCAUCUGAUGAACUUGUGGAUCUGGCCGCCCGAUAUACUGAGCCAAUGAUCAUUCAGAGGAGCAAAGAUCAAACUGAGAAAUACUAUCAGGAGAAUGUGAGGUCUGUGGAUGCUUUAUCUCAUCUGUUAUCAAAUGACAAGAGUCACAGCGUCAGAAUAGACCAGCUGUUCAGUCCUGACUGUGAUGGAAACAGACCAAAAACUGUGAUUCUCAGUGGAGAUUCUGGAAGAGGGAAAUCCUUCAUGUUACAGAAGAUCAUGUUGGACUGGGCUUCUGGAGAGCUCUACUCUGAAAACUUUGAUGCAGUUUUUCUUCUGAAAUGUGAAGAGCUGAAAUGUGUUUCUGAAGAGAUGAGCUUAUUUGAGCUCUUGAGCUGGGGUUGCAGUUUAACAUCAGAUCAGAUCUUACAGAUAUUACAGUUUACACCAGAGAAAGUCCUCAUCCUCAUUGAUGGAAUGGAUGAGUAUAUAUCUUGUCCACCCAUUCACUUCUUGUUACUACACACUAAUCCAUUCAAGAGAGCGCCACCUAUGGUCAUUCUUAGGAACUUGUUUAGAAGAUUCUUGCUGCCUGAGUCAUUCAUGCUUGUCACCACAAGAUCUGUAGCUGCUAAUGCGCUGAUGAAUCUCCUCAAGAGUCCUCAGCGUUUCACUGAGAUUAUGGGCUUCUCUGAGAGAGGAGUGCAGAAGUACUUCCAGAAGUUCUUUCAGGAUGAGCAGCUCUUCAGGAAAACAUACGAUAGCGUGAAGACUAAUGAAAGCCUCCUGACUGCCUGCUCUGUGCCUUUUCUGUGUUGGAUGGUCUGUGCUUGUCUGAAGAAACACGUUACAGAUGAUGAUCAUGUAAUGAAAGAACUAAAGACAACCACCUCCAUAUAUGUACACUUUGUGUCCACUCUACUGGAUCAUCAUCAUGACCAGAGUCUGUCUGUCCUCACCAUGCUGAGGAGUCUGGGUCAACUGGCAGAGGAAGGGAAGAAGAACCGUCUGGUGUUUUUUGAUUAUAAGGAUGUAGCCAAGACUGGUUUAGAUCCAGCUACUGUUUUGUUCUUGUAUAAAGAUGAUUUCAGAGGCAAAAAAACCAGACCAAUUUUCAAGUUUAUCCAUUUCAGCUUUCAGGAGUUCUUUGCUGCGCUUUAUUGUGUUUUGCUGGAUGAGGAAGAGCCCUGGUGGAAACUCAGUGAGCGGUUUAUCCUGAUGGAUUCAGAAGCUAUAAUUUACAGGUCGUCUCCUAUUUCGAGACUUAGACUAUCAAAUACCAUCCCUUCAGUCAUGAUGUUUCUCUGUGGUUUUUUAAAUAAGAAGACGACAAGCUCAAUCUUUGAAACGAUCAAGUGGACUGUUCCUCAAAUCACCAAACUGAAAAAAAGGCAACUAAAGAAAAAGCUGGCAAAACGGAUUCCUGCAAUGACACGGCAGUAUGAAUUAGAGUUAUUUGCUCUCCACUGUCUGUAUGAGCUCCAGGAUGAAAGAUUUGUCAGGGAAGCUUUGAACAAACACAGGUUCAUGAACCUGUCUAACAUUUCUCUGAGGAGCACAGACUGUCGUGUGCUGCUGUACUGUCUUCAGUGCUGUCCACACAUCAGAGACCUGAACCUCAUGAACUGUGAUUUAACAGCUGAGAAACUCAAGAUUCUUCAGCCAGCACUCUGUAUGUGUAAGACUCUAAGGUUGUCAGUAGAUCAUCUGUCAGAAGUUGGAAAUUUGAUCCGGAUUGUUGGUGAAGGAAAAAUCUUGCGAGAGCUACAAGUUCAGGAGGAUGAAUACAGUCCUGAGAGUCCCAGAUGGUCACUUAACCUUUCAGUCUCUGGUGGAGAUGUCUCCUUGUCUUUGAGCUCAUCUGAGAAGAAUCCAUAAUUUCCAGCAGUAUUAAACAUCAGUCUUACAUGUCCACAAUCAGAGAUAUCCAACACUGACUGGACACUCUUCUUACAGAGACUCAGCAGGGCAGGAAAAGUUGCAGAAGACUCUUCAGCUCUUGAUGAGCAUAUCAGUUUGCUGCUGUCCUCUUUUCACUCUGUGGGUUUGAAGACGUUUGACCUGAAGCUGGUCAGUCUGAAUAAAAACUGGGCUUCUGGGAUCACUUCCCUCAUCCAGACCUGCACCAGUCUACACAAGCUCAGUGUCAAUGUCACCGGAUUGCUUUUGGAGGAGGGACUCAUUUUACUGAAGAAAUCACUGGAAGAUCCACACUGCGCUGUGAACAUUGAAGGGUGGAAAUGCAGUAAACCCACUGACCAGUGCAAAGGACAGGACUGGAGUCAGAGCUGUAAUGACAAAGUGGAGAUUCACUUCAAACCAAAGGUUUUGGGAAAGCUGAGAGAAUUGAACAUCUCUGAACCAUCUGCCAUGAAUCUUUAUUGUCAGUCUUGUAUUCACAUUGUUGACUCUGAUCAGUGGGUUCAAGUGGAGCCGUCAGUCUGUACAGAUGAAGGAGGCUCAGAGUUCAGGAUCAGCACUCCGGCGGGUCGAUUCGAGUGCAGCAGGACCAGAAUGCGAUGGGUCUGUGCUGGUGACGUCACUCUCCAGUACCGUGCAGUGGAUGGAGGUUUCCUCAGAGCAGAGCUGGAGAGGCUUCGGUGUGAGAGAAUCGGUCCUGUGAUUGAUGUGACGGUGAUCUCAGGGAAACUGGAGGAGGCCCAUCUGCCUCAUUAUGCCUGUUUAGCAGAGUCGGAUCCUUCCCUCAGAGAUGAUGUAAAGGUCCUCAGUGUUGAAGAAGAAGGAAUAUCUUUGGAAUCGGUGGAGUUGACUCGUUUUCAUGCCAAAUUAAUCCAGCCAUAUUUUUCUCCUAAAACGGUGCUUAUGAAAUUAGGGUUACCAGUGAAAGUGCACUGUGAUCUACUGAUCUUCAUGACACAAAAGAACCCCAUCAUUCUCCAUGUGUAUUUUUUCCCAUCUGAUUCACUUUUUAAAGAAAAGAUUAAAACAGAAGAAAAAUGUUGUCAUCAAAUUAAAUGUUCGAGACCUGAAACCCCACUGCAGAUGAUGAAACAACACAGUCUUGAGGUUCCUGGUGCUUCUGUCCAACCUGAAGAGAUCAAACUAAGAGGAGACGUCGAUCCAAACUUCUUUCAGGUGAAACAUCCUGUGGUCGAUGACAUCAAAAUGUCUCUCAGUCGAGUGGAUGAUCAGAAAUCAGUUUGGACUGCAACAAUUUGGAAAGAAUUAAUCAACAUUCACCCAAACAGGACUGAGGCCUUGUUUGUAACGCGACAAAACCAAAAUACACCACAAUUAGCUGUCAGCUUUGAUAAAGUUCAGUUUUUUGAUAGAAACUGGUGUGCUCUUAUUAAAAGUGUUGAGAAUGUGAAUAAAAUUGCAGACAAACUGCUUCAGAAGCAAAUCAUUCAUGAAGAAUUAUAUUCUGCAAUCACACGUCCUACUUCAACCAGUGAAGCCAGCAUGAGGAAGAUCUGUAGCGUAGUGCGUAAAGGUAGUGACACUGUGAAAGAAAUGUUCAUCUCCAUUCUUCUGAAAGAAGUUCCCGACCUUUUAAAUCAUCUUCCUUUACCUGACUCUUAACAACUUUUGCUUGGAGACUCUAUGUUGUGUUUUACAUGUUUUGACAAAUAACAUGUAAACUACAAUGCUCCCUAAAGUAAUAUACUGGAGUUUUUAGAGAAAUCAAUUUUAGCAAAUCAAUCAAACAAUCACUUUUAUUCAUGUAGCACUUUUACCAAUACAGAUUGUUUUAAAGCAAUGAACAGUAUAAAAUAGGAGAUAGUAAAGUAUAAUGACAAGAUUAAACACUUAAUUUUUAUUAAAUGCAGUUGGUCUGUGUAAUCAAAUGAAUGGUAAUCGCUAGAAAUUAAGUGUCCCCAAAUAAGCAAACAAGAGGCGACAGUGGCAAGGAACCAAAAUCCCAUCUGUGGAGGAAAAAAAAAAAACCUGGGAGAAACCUGGCUCAGUUGAGGCCAGUUCUCCUGAACCGGAUAACCAGCACUUAAUUUUCAGUUCAAUUUUAAACACAGCUCUGUCAUAUUGUGUAAAGGACUUCAUGUGUGUGAAUCAUAUUCCCUUUUGAAGAACAUUCAAAUCCUCUGCUCACCUUUAAAAAUGAAAGGAGAACAAAUGUUGCAGUAUAUUUUCCUGUUUGAUAACACUGAACGCAAAAUAUUUCUUUAAAGGUUUAUUUCUAUACAGUUGUGUUGUUGUAAUACUUAACAGUGGCAUAUCCUUGGAAGAACUCCGCAUUUGCCAUUGUGAUGAACUUAUGGCUGAGCGCAGACAUUUCACUCAUGUUGGAUGUGUCAGUUUCACAUUUGCAUAGGCCACAUUAUUUGAAUUCAUGACUGGUAGAUGGGGUAAUAAAAUAAAGUUAUUAGCCAGUUACUGGCUAUUCAAAAGCUG